CUCCAAGUCAUUUUCUCAUCCACCGCGCUGCAGCCAUCUCAAUGCCACUGCUUCGAAUUCCGAAGCAGAAUGUAGCACCCCACCAGUUCAGACGCUUUCUGAGCGCGUGCAGCCACUCGUCCUUGCACCAAUUACUAGGUGCCCAAGACCCAUGCAGCUCGUUCAUAAGCCACGAUGCCGAUACACCAUUUCUCAAGGACCGGAAUGUCGACGGCCGGGGCGACCAUGCAACUACUCCUCUCAGGCAUGAAGGCAUGAUUGUGGCCAUCAAGGAUAACAUCUGCACCUCGGACUACCAUACAACUUGUGCGAGCAGGACUCUGUCCGGCUUUCGCAGUCCUUACGAGGCAACAGUCGUUACGCUUCUGAAGCAAAAUGGGGCUCGGAUCGUUGGCAAAACGAACAUGGACGAAUUUGGCAUGGGUUCUCAUUCUAUGAACUCGCAUUUCGGGCCUGUCAUUCAGCGUUGUUUGAGGCCAGACAGUCAAGAGAUCCUUUAUACUGCUGGUGGAAGCAGCGGAGGCUCAGCCGUAGCAGUACAACAAGGCAUGUGUGAUGCGGCUAUAGGCACAGACACCGGUGGCAGUGUGCGACUUCCUGCAGCAUGGUGCGGUGUCGUUGGGUUUAAGCCGAGCUACGGAAUGAUCAGCAGGUGGGGAGUUGUUGCUUACGCCAACAGUCUCGACACUGUGGGAAUAUUUGCGAGAUCAAUCUCUCGGGUUAAGAAAAUAUUCACUACUCUACGCGUGUUUGAUAUUCAAGAUCCGACAUCACUACUGCCCACUUCGAUAGCACGAAUCUCUCGAUCGCAACAUUCUACUGAAGAUAAUACUAGCCAAUUAGAAGAGAACAGGAGAAAAAAGUGGACUGUGGGUGUUCCGAUUGAGUACAACAUAGAAGAAUUAUCUCCUUUGGUUCGCCAGGUUUGGCAUAACGCUCUUGAGGCGUGUCAGCGCGAAGGACACACAGUGAUCCCUAUAUCCCUUCCAAUGACCAGGUCUGCUCUUUCAGCAUACUACGUUCUUGCGCCUGCAGAGGCCGCGUCAAACCUAGCAAAGUAUGAUGGCGUCCGAUACGGCGCACGAGAGGAAGGCACCGAUGGUGCAAGCGGUAUUUUGUUCUCAAAGACAAGGUCGAAUUGUCUGGGGACUGAGGUCAGGCGCCGAAUAUUACUGGGUAACUAUUCGCUUAGUGCUGAUGCUAUCGGCAACUACUUUAUCCAGGCACAAAAGGUUCGGCGGCUGGUCCAAAAGGAAUUUAAUAACGUAUUCGCUGCACCUCACCCGCUUCUCGACUCAACAUCUCUGGAGGAAGACACAUGCUCUGAUCAAGAAAAGAGCAUAAUGUUGCCAAGUUCGCAAAGAGUUGACAUAAUACUCUGUCCAACUGCGCCCACGCCGCCACCACCCGUUCAAGAACUUGUAAGGCAAAAUCCUGUCGAUCAAUACACCAAUGAUGUGUUUACUGUACCUGCGAGUUUGGCGGGUUUACCCGCGUUGAGUAUACCGUGGGACCUUAAAGAAAACACCUGUAAAUUACUGGAUCCGAGCAGGAAUACUGGCUUGCAGGUAAUUGGUCAGUUCGGAUACGAUUGGCAGGUUCUCGACUUUGCUCAGCGCCUUGAGGAGAUGCGGAAGAGAUAUUUCUAAUAGGUGAUUGGAGAAUGUUUUUAAUAGAUUUUGGCGUGAAUAAAAGAUCAAUUAAGAGUUACGACAUAUCUGUAAGGAAGUGAGAGGGUACAGGCUUACGGGACACGUGCGUUUCGUCGCGUGUCACAUGCCCCAUAGACUAGGGGUAUUUAUACCACGCAUAGCACUCAGCUCAGUUUACUUAGUCGUCAGUCUUGACACCUAAUCCAGAUAUACUGCUUCCCAUAUUGAUA